AGGACGACAGUGCUCCCGUCCCCAAAGACAAACACAAGGCAGCAAGCGCACACGCCCGCCCCCCCACCCCCCACCCCAAACACACACACACACACACACCCCUCGACCAGACAAACAAAUCAAGCACAGGCAACAGAGACAAGGGAGAAGGAGAUCGCAAUGGGGAGGGCUCCGUGCUGCGAGAAGAUGGGCCUCAAGAAGGGGCCGUGGACGCCGGAGGAGGACAAGGUCCUCGUCGCCCACAUCCAGCGCUUCGGCCACGGCAACUGGCGCGCCCUGCCCAAGCAAGCCGGGCUGCUCCGGUGCGGCAAGAGCUGCCGGCUCCGGUGGAUCAACUACCUGCGCCCGGACAUCAAGCGCGGCAACUUCAGCAAGGAGGAGGAGGACGCCAUCAUCCGCCUCCAUGAGCAGCUCGGCAACAGGUGGUCCGCGAUCGCCGCCAGGCUGCCGGGGAGGACGGACAACGAGAUCAAGAACGUCUGGCACACGCACCUCAAGAAGCGGCUCGAGCCCACCAAGCAGGAGGAGGCGCAGCGCGAGGCGCCGGCGGCGGGGGGCGGCGGCAAGAAGCGCAGGCCCGCGGCGCCGGCGAAGCGCAGCGGCGCGAGGAGGGCGGCGACCGAUGCCGCCACGGAGGCCGCCGCCGCCGCCGCGCCGGUGUCGUCUCCCGAACGGUCCGCGUCGUCGUCGGUGACCGAGUCGUCCGUGACGGAGCAGGGCAACACCGGGAGCUCGUCUGGGUUCCCCAAGGAGGAGAGCUUCACCUCGUCCCCGCCGGACGCCGAGGAGUUCCAGUUCGACGAGAGCUUCUGGUCGGAGACGCUGUCGAUGCCGCUGGAGAGCUUCGACGUCCCCAUGGAGCCCGUCGACGCGUUCGGCGCCGCGGCCACUUCGUCGGCGGUUGGCGCCGCCGACGACAUGGACUACUGGCUCAGAGUGUUCAUGGAGUCCGGCGACGUGCACCAAGAAUUGCCGCAGAUUUAGAGCGCGAGAGACUUUUCAGUUCCUUGGCUAAUUGAUUCAUCGUUCUUUUUUCUCUCUCGAUUUGUCAUCUUGCAUCGGAGGGGACGUAUCUAACAAAGAAGAGAAGAGUGUCCACGACGAAAUUAGGCAGCAAGAACGCGAUUUGCCAUAUGCAACUUCAAUCGAUCUUGUUUACCUUCUUGUACAUAAAGACGAUCAAGAAGAUACCGGUGAUCGAAACCAAUGCGUUCUCAUGAAAAGGAUUCUUUUGCACGAUGUGCAGAUUUCCAUCUACAUUAGAAAUCACCGGAAAUGCCUCACCAAAUUGGUUGAUUCAGUUCACCUUGUGUAUGCUAUUCGUGUUCAGUUAUGAGCUAACAUCAUGCCAAUGCUGAACUCUUGUGUACGGCUCAUGUCCUGCGAUCUGUUCUUCUCCAGUGCACGCUUUUGUCGCGGCUGAGGUGAAAUGGUAACUGCUUUCAAGGAAAAGUCUGAAACACAUGUGUUCAGAGACCGGGGCAAACUAAAGGAGCAUUUCUUUUGUGCGGUUUACAGAUAAACAAUGGCAAGGACAGAUCUGGCUGUCUCCUGAUUGAUUCUGCAUCACCUUUGUUUGAUCUGGAAAAGUAAACGAAGAACAUGUGCGGUGCUGAUUCACAAAUACAUAUUGGCGCUGCUAUUUUUCUA